AUGGCCUCUUUUGCUACAACCCACGUUAGCCCUUAUGAUGCCCUUACCAAGGCAGUGGCAGCCAAUCCGCUUACUGGCAAAUCUUUCCUCAUCACAGGCGCUGGUCGAGGCGUAGGCGAACACAUUACACGGGAAAUUGCGGCAGCGGGAGCACAGCGUAUCGGACUCCUUGGUCGUAACCUUGAGCGUAUCAACGAGGCCAAGAAACGCUUUGAGGAGGCUUUUCCAAACACCGCAUUCGAGGCCUUUGCGGCUGACAUUACCGAUGAAGAAAAGAUUGGGCUUAUUUUUAAGACAUUUGGUGUUCCCGAUGUCUUGAUUAAUAACGCUGGUCAUUUCCCCGACGAAGGCCCCUUUAUCAAAGAAAACUUGAAGAGUUGGUGGACUGGCUUUGAGAUUAACAUCCUGGGCACGGCCACCGUCACCCAGCAAUUCCUCAGAGCCAAGCCCAAAGGCAAGAGUGCCAUUGUCCUCAAUGUUUCUACCCUCGCCACUCACAUGCGUUUCCCAAUGCACAGAUGGUCAGGCUACACGGGAAGCAAGCUGGGCCAAGCACGCAUCUUCGAACACAUCCGCUUUGAACACCCAGACGUGCGAUUCAUCAACUGCCACCCCGGCAGCAUCAAAUCCGACGGCUUCUCCAAGUCUGGUGCUCCGGAGCCGCCGACCGGUAUGACGGAUGGCAAGGUUGCGGGCCAGUUCUUUGCUUGGCUUGCUUCUGACGAAGCAGAGUUUUUGAGCGGAAGAUUUGUCUGGGCUGAGUGGGAUAUCGAUGAACUCAAGGCGAAGAAGGAUCAGAUUCUUAAGGAGGAUCUCCUUCUGACGACGAUUGACGGCUUUGCUCAGGGCUGGUAA